AUGCGCUUUCUUUGGGUGUUGACCAUUUUUGCGGUGUUUACAUGCAUUUGUAUGGGAUUAGAAUACCCUCCAGGUGCAGUAGUUCGACAAUACUCCAUGACACUUACCCAUGCAUACCAUAACCCCGAUGGUAGAUUCAAAGGUGGCUAUUUGAUCAACGGGGAGUCACCUGGACCCACGCUCGAGGGGGAUGAAGGAGACUGGAUAGAGCUUACGGUAGAAAAUCUUUUGCCAGUUGGCAUAUCUAUCCACUUUCAUGGAGUGUUGCAAAAAGGUACUCCGUGGUCUGAUGGAGUACCAGGUAUAACUCAGUAUGCUAUUCUCAGUGGAGACACUUAUAAGUAUGUCUUUCAGUUGCGGGACCAGUACGGAGCAUCUUGGUACCAUGCUCAUUACCGUGGGUAUGCCUCGGAUGGGAUAUACGGAGCCAUCAAUAUCCGAGCAUCCAAGGUACGACAACGUCCAUAUAGGAUGAUAACUAAUGAUACUGAAACCCUCCAGCUAUGGGAGAAAUUGGAAAAAUCGCCUCAAAAUAUUAUUGGGGAUGAUUCAUUCAGGUUGACUAUGGAUGAUAUUAUGGCUCGAAUGCAGCACUUUGGCAUCGACCCCGUCUGUAUACAAAGUAUCACUAUCAAUGGGAAAGGUCGGAUAUAUUGUCAUGAAUAUUCCAAGUUUGCAUCCAUGGCAAUGAAGAAGAAUGUUUCGAGUAUUCCUGCUUUUGAUUCAAUGGGCUGCGUUCCAGAUUUGGAGGCUAAUGGAUAUCACGACUUGACGGUGGAUAAUUUCGACCUUGAAGCACCAGGCUUCUCUCUUCCUUGUCAGCCAACCAACAGUGACAGAUACGUCCUUUUCACGAAUAAGUCUCCUUGGCAAAUGCUUAACGUUUUGAAUGCGGGUGGUCAGUACACAAAAUCGUUUUCCAUUGAUGGUCAUCACAUGUAUGUCAUAGCAGUUGACGGAGUCUAUAUCAACCCAAUACUUGUCGAGCAGCUAGUUCUCCCAGUGGGUUCACGGUUCACCGUCUUGGUGGAAACACAGGAAGGUGAACCUGGGGCAGUCUAUGGAAUUAGGUUCACUGCCUAUGGAACUCCACAGAUCAUCGAAGGUAUCGGUUUAUUGAUAUAUGGCUCUCCCAAACUGACCUCCUCGAAGGAAAUGGCCAGAUAUCAAGCUCAAACGGAAUUUGAUGGGCAUCAGUUUCAAGACUUGGACGGAAAACUUCUUGAGGAAAAUGCACGAAGUAUAGCGCCGCGGUUGACAGUUCCAUUUGCUGCCGACGACAGGCUUCAGAAAAAAGGUGCCGCAGAUCAUACGUUUAGGUUUUAUCUCCAUCGUACUGGAGUUGUGGAAUUUACCAUGUUCAAAGAUGGGGCUAGAAUUCCUGGCCAUUUAGAUAUGCAAGAACCCAUUUUGCACCGACAUGCGAAAGGUACUUUGGGGAAUAAAACGGAGCCGUAUUGGGUCACUGGUGUGGAUUACAACAGCACGGUGGAUUUCAUUAUUGAAAAUCAUCGCUUCAUGCCUCAUCCUUUUCACCUCCAUGGACAUCAUUUGCAUCAAAUAAGCUUCAGCAAUACUGAGCCCUUUCCUUACGAAUCUGUUGAGGAGGCUCUUGAAAACAACUAUAAGAAUCUCGAUAUGGAGACUGCUCCUCGGUUUGAUGUUGCUUGGGUACCUCCUGGUGGCCAUGUUGUAGUGAGAAUGACUGCCGAUAAUCCAGGAAUGUGGUUGAUGCAUUGUCAUAACCUUGGUCACCUCAUGGCAGGUAUGGGUGCGAUCUUGUUUGAAGCCACAAAUAAGAUACCAGAGCUACCUGAUUACGUUUUGAACCAAUUGCACACAACAAGGAAGGAUACACCGAAAGUUGGAAUAAGUGAAAUAAUAGACAACCCGCACGAUGGUUAUUUGAGCGAGUAA